AUGCAGACUGCAUCUACAAACAUUUGUGAAAGAAUAGGUUGCUCUCAAGAGCUCAGUGAAUUCAAACGUGGUACCAUGAUAGGUUGCCACCUGUGCAAUACGUCCAUCCAUUACAUUUUCUUGCUACUAAAUAUUCCAAAGUCAACUGUUAGUGGUAUUAUAACAAUUUUAAUGCAACUGGGAACAACAGCAACUCAGCCACAAAGUGGUAGACCACAUAAAAUGGCACAGCAGAGUCUGCCCAAUGUGCAGAAGUCACCAACUGUCUACAGAUACUUGUUUUUCAGGGGUUGGGCUUGGCCCUUUAGUUCCAGUGAAGCAUACCAAGACAUUUUGGACAAUUGG